UUUAUAUUAUUACUUUAAUUCUAUAUAAAUCAUUAAAUUGACAUGUCUCUGUUUAAUAAGAUCAAUAAUUCAAUAACCAACAAAAGAUAAUUACAAAACUACAUUAAUAGAUCCUCAAAUAAACAAACUAUUAUUAAUUAAAGCUCCACCUGUCGUGUGAAAUACGAAACUAAUACAGAAUUAAUAAAAAAACUAUUUGAUCACAAAUGAUACAAUUUCAAAGAACUUUGAUAAAUAAAUUAAGGUUUUUUACAGGAUUUUAAAAGGAACUAUCUUUCAUAAAUGUCAACGAAUAUUUUCUUAACAAUUUAAAACACUCUCAGAGUCCGGAAAUUGAUUUUGAUUCAAUUGAAGUGUUAUACAAUGUUGUAUAUUGCGUCUUACAUUAUUGUUUAUUUGUUGGGAUAAUAUUAUAUGAAUAAAAUAAAUUCAAGAGAUUUGACUAGAUUUCUAAUAAUUAUCUCCGAUUGAUUAUAGUGUUUCACAGUGAAAAAGAUUGCAUAUUUAUUCGUCAAUAUUACUGUUGUAUUAAUAUAAUUUAUUGAAAUAUCUAUUAUUUAGGAAAAAUAAACUUGCAAAAGUUUUAUUUUACUUUAAAAAUCUAUUCUUAUCACAUUUCAAUUUAUGUCAAAUAAAUAAUUUAGUAAAAGCUGUAUAAGUUUCUAAUGUAACUGAUUAAAAUUUUUGAAUAUUGUGUCGUCAUAUCCACCGGUACAUUUGUCGGCGAGUAUAAAGACAAGUGUAACUUUGUGUCGCCGCGCCAGAGCUGUAACGUAAUUCGCGGCGACGGUGUAUCAAAGUCGAUCGUCUCGAUUUAUAAACAUGGUGGAGACUAACAACCAGAUGUCUUACAAACUGUUAGAGCUGAUGCAGAGGACCGGCUACACUAUCGCACAGAGAAACGGACAAAGGAAGUUCGGCCCACCGCCCAACUGGACCGGACCGCCGCCGCCCAGAGGAUGCGAAGUGUUCGUCGGUAAGCUGCCAAGAGAAAUAUUCGAAGACGAGCUCGUCCCGCUGUUCUCGAGAGUCGGCAAGAUAUACGAGAUGCGACUCAUGAUGGAUUUCUCCGGCUCGAACCGCGGGUACGCAUUCGUAAUGUACACUGAACGGGCAGAGGCCACGGCGGCCGUGAAGCAACUCAACGGCUACGAGAUACGCCCGCGACGACACAUCGGAGUCGUAAAGUCCGUGGAUAACUGUCGCCUGUUCGUAGGAAACAUUCCCAAGACGAAGACCAAGGAGGACGUCAGGGAGGAGCUCUCCAAGCGCGUAUCGGACAUUGUGGACGUCAUACUGUACAAGAACUGUUUUGAUCGAAAGCUGAACCGGGGCUUCGCCUUCGUGGAGUUCACGUGUCACCGCGCAGCCGCUAUGGCGAGGCGGGCGCUGGUGCCGGGCUGCGUGAGACUCUGGGACCAGGAAGUCAUGGUGGAUUGGGCUGAACCAGAACCUGACAUAGAUGACGAGCAGAUGCAAAGGGUGAAGGUACUGUAUGUGCGUAAUUUCGAGAUUCGGACGACCCCGGACGUGAUCCAAAAGGUUUUCGAAUCCACCAUUAACCACAAAGUGGAACGAGUAAAAAAAAUAUAUGACUAUGCGUUCAUACAUUUUUACGAAAGAGAACACGCAGAGCUUGCUAUAGCGAAAUUACAAAACGCAGACAUCGACGGUAGUAACAUUGAAAUAAGAUGGGCCAAGCCCGUCGACCGCGACCUGUACCGCAUACAGAAACUCAGUAGAGGCAAUGCGAAGUUUAACAAUAGCUUGGAUUUGACACAAACCCUGUUGCUUUAUAAACAUCACAUCGAAAAGCAGGAGUACGCAAACGGUCCCAAGGACGAAGGCAUCGGCUCGGCCUGCGCUGGGGGCAGUUCCUGUUGCUCUCCGACAGACGCAAAGCCUCCAGUGUAUUAUCAGGCACCAGCUAACUAUAUUCUGGCAACGGUUAAGCUGGAAUCCAUGUGCAAACGCUACAUGUGGUCUCCACCAGUAUAUGACUAUCAAAAGUAUGUGGAUCCUACUGGCACAGAACUAUGGGUGUGCCGUGUGGAGCUGCCUCAAGUGGGUCUGCCGCUGCUGUCUGUUGCGCAACGUGUGGGUCCCCUUGCAAGCCGAGCAUGCUUCUCUCUUGAACAAGCUCAUGUAGAGGCAGCAGAAUUGGCCCUGCAGGCCUUGAAGAUGUUGAGAGUGGACCUGAUCCACCAGUCUCCUGGUUCCCUGUACUCCAUGCCUGCAGCUUGUGUCGGUCUCCCUUGUGACUACCCGGUGUACUCGCUGGCGCCUGCUAUUCCUGCUACACUACCUGGUUCCUUGCCAGCUCCACUUUCUGCUCCAAUACCAACUAUUUGGCGUACUGUUUAGAUUUUAAUUGCCCUUUGAACUUUGAAUACUGUCCUUAUUGUUGAUACAAUAUGGAUGGGAUUCUAUAGAAACAAUUUUUUUAUGUAAGUAGUUAAUAUUAAAAUUUAGUUUUUCUUGUUAUCACAAUGGAAACGGGUUUUCUCGAGACUGUUCUUUGUUUAGAUUAUAUUUUAUAUGUAAUAUUGUUGGGUAUCAUGUGUUAUAUCCCACAAUAUUACUUUCUCCUUGAUAAGACCUCUUUGUUGACUCAUUUUUGACCUUAGACUGCAUAGUUUUUUUGUUAUAUGUUGAUUAGCUAUUUUAGUAGAAAUAUUUUUAAAUGUAACGGCGGUAAUUUUUAUAAGUCCGCAUCAUCGGAGCUUCCUUGUGCAUAUACAUCAGUAUAUUCAGAGAGAAUGCACUGAUAUUAAUAUUUUUUUG